AUGAGCGGCUUCCGUCCAUCGUCCGCGCAGUUCCUGACCCACCGUCUGGUGGCCUCCGGAUUGACGACGGCGAGCUCGAUGGCCAAAUGGCGCGCGCGCUUCAUCAGGUUGUGGAUGACGUUGACCGAGUGCUCCAGCACCUGGGCCUUUGCCGUGAGCUCCGCGCCGUCCGGCGCGUCCGGCAGCACGCGGCGCAGCUGCUCGAACUGCUCGCCCAAUCGGUCGCGCGCCGCGCGGACGUCGCGACGGCGGCGGUCGAGUAGGUGGUCGUCGUCCGCUCGUAGGUGGGUUUGCGAAGUCUCGUUCGCCGACGGCGUGCGCCCCACAGCGAUGGGGCGCAUCUCGUCCUUCACGGUGAUGGCCCCCGCGGAGGGGAGGUGGGGCUCAGGCUUGGCUAACGGCGAGUGGGAGAGGCUUGGCGAACUAAAGUCAUUUCCCUCGCCCGGCGUGGAUUCGUCUAUAUCAUCGUCUUCCUCGUCCUCGUCAUCCCCGUCGUCCCCGUCGUCCCCGUCGUCCUCAUCGUCCUGGUCCUCGUCGUCCUCGUCGUCCUCCUCAGAGUCUUCAUCGUCAUCUUCUAGAUCAAAGUCCAUUGCAGCGCCAUGGCGGUCGGAUUCCUCCAAAGCGUCGUCCAAAUCAAAGCCCUCAUCCAAACGAAGCACCUUCGCCGUAAGGGGCACGUGUAGUGAGGAGACGGCGACCUGGGCGGCGUCCUGA